AUGGAGAAACUUGACGAAGAGAAGGCUGAGGCCCUUCUCAGGGAAAUUGUGACCCUGGAGACCUACGGCUCGCUCAGUCGAAAGGUUGCGCGCUAUGAGCUCGAGAAGCGUAUGGGGUUGAAGGAGGAUGAUCUAAAGCCUUUCAAAGACCAGAUCAGCGUUAUCCUGGAAAAAAUUGUCGACGAUAUCACUGCCAAUCAAGAAAAUGACGAGAGCGGCAAAUCGGACGAAUCGGAUGGUGAAAAAGAAGAAGACAGAGAACCUGAAAGCAAAAAACAAAAAACUGGCAACAACGUGAACGCGCCAAAAAAUUUGAAGAAACUUCAAGCGUCCCUUAUGUCCAAAAACGAGUUUCUCGACAAGGCACCGGUUCUGGCAUCCCGAAUCGGUGACGAACUGCUUUUCGAUAUGAGACCGCGAACCUUUAGUAGUGGUUCUUGUGGCUGGUUCUACGGAUCCAAAGUAGCGAUCAAAGUGGGCAAGCAAGAAGUCUGGUGUCAGCUUGGCGUCAACUGUACGGUUCUUGGAAGCAAGGAGUGGGAUGAGAGCCGAAAACGGAAGAAAUGA